AUGGCGUCUUAUGCUGGCAGGCUUUCACUGGCGGUUCUGAAGAAGAAUGCGCCGCUGUUCGGAUCGCUGACACGACAAUUCACACUGAUCAGCGAUUGGAAGACGGACGGCGGCUUCCUGUUACAUCACUUCCUGUCCUACUAUCUGAAAUGUAUAUUGAUGGUUGGUGUCUCCUCAGGUGGGCGGAAGGUUUGUUUCGUGGCUCUGGCUCAGUCGUUCAGCCAUUACAACCUCAUCGCACAGAAGUUGGGGGUGAACCUGCUCAGUGCCCGGGAUGGGGGGCAGUUGGUCUUCCUGGAGGGGCUGAGAUCGUACUCCGACCUGUUAUUCUCGGAGACGCCGGAGUCGGACUCCCAUAAUCCUCUGCGCUUCCUCAGGACCGGCGCAGACCUCAGGCCGCUGUAUGACUUUGUUUCGGCCGCGCUGGCGCCCUCUGCGGGAGAGGAGUGGGCGGGCCCGGCGUUGCUGGUGGAUGACCUCGGCAUGUUGAUGAGUUUGGGGGUCUCUCCGCUGCGGAUCCUGGACUUCCUCCAUUACUGCCGAGCCGGCGUGUGCCGCGACCUCCAGGGGGACGUGGUGUGUCUGGUGCACAGGGAAGAGGAGGAUGAGGAUGGGGAGGUCCUGCUGAGGUCGCUGUGUCACCAGAGCGGACGCGUCCUGGAGGCCGAGGGCCUGACCACCGGAUUCUGCAAAGACGUCCACGGCCAGCUGAAGAUCACCCACAAGCACCCGCGGGACCGAUCCGUGGUCCUCCAGUACAAGAUCCAGGACAAGAACGUCAGCUUCUUCGCCCCCGGCCUCUCCUCGGCUGUCCUGUGAGGAGGGGCCCCUCGUAACACAGCGCGGGGCCC